AUGAAGAACUUCAUCACCCUCGCAGCCUUCGCAGCCGGCUCCAACGCCCUCGUUGGCCGCAGUGAUACCUGCUGCUUCCACCUCAGCUCCUCUGGCGGUGCCUCCGGCGAGCUCGGCCAGCUGAGUGACGGCCAGAACCGCAUCGGUGACAGCACCCUGUCGGCAGCUCAGUACUGCAUCGACUCCAAGGGUGCCAUCACCGACAACAAGGGCCGUGGCUGCAUCCUGACCCCCCCAACCACCCAGCUCCAGUGUGACGAGGGUGCAACCCCAACCCCAGGCUUCUCCAUCAACUCCAACGGCAAGCUAGUCUAUGACAGCAACACCACCUUCUUCGCCUGUGAAACCGGCCAGCGAGGCGGCAUGAACGUCUACACCACCAACAGCACCGAUGUCACCCAGUGCACGAAGGUGGAGCUAACUGCCGACUCCUGCUCCGGCUCGGGCUCGGGUUCAGGCUCGGGCUCUAGUUCCGGUACCGGCGCGUCAUCCUCUGCUCCUGUCGUCCAGUCUUCCUUUGGUUCCUCCAGCAUGCCGACGGCUCCUGCCACUGCCACCAGCGGUGGCUUCGGCCCUGGUGGUAGUGCUAGCUGGGGGUCUACCCCCGCUGGGUCGGGCUCCGGUUCCCAGCCUACUCCUGGCCCCAGUUCGGCUCCUGGCGCCUCGGGCCCUAGCGCAUCGCCUCUGUCUGGCUCUCCUCAGACUGUUAUGACUACUGUUACCGUCACUGAUUGCAGCUGCACUGCUUCUGGUCUCCCUGGUUCCCCUGGUGGUGCCCCUGGCGGUGGCGGCUCUGGUGCUCAGCCCAGUGGUCCCGCUGGUGGCUCGCAGCCCUCUGGAUCUGCUCCUGCCCCCUCCGGCGGCGGUGGUGGUGCUCAGCCUUCCCAGUCUGCUCCCGCUCCCUCUGGCGGCGGUGGUGGUGUCCACCCCUCUGGAUCUGCUACCCCUGCCCCGUCCGGCGGCGGCAGCACGCCCUCCCAGUCUGGCUCUCAGUCUCCCUCCGGUGGUGGAUCUAAGCCCACCGGCUCCGCCAGCGCCUCUGUCCCUGCUAGCUCGGCCUCUUCCACCCCCUCGGCCAGCAAGUCUUCCAGCGGUAGCUGCCCCACCAACUUGAACUCUGGCGACUACCAGUACCCCCAUCUGAUCAUCCCUGUCGACUCCACCAAGCCCAACGACGCCGCAGGCACCUCCUACAACGGUACCGUGUCCUCGACCGUCUCGACCGCGUUCAACUUCGAUAUCCCACAGUCCUACGCCGGCAAGACUUGCAGCCUGGUCUUCCUUUUCCCCCAGAAACAAGAUCUCGAGACCACCGACUUCAGCUUCAGCGGUGACGGCAAGGUCGACUUCGCUAAGCUCUCCUCCGCUGUCAACAACAAGACUACCUCCAGCAACCUCCCUUCUGUGUCCCAGGAUCUUGGCGAUAUCACUGUCUCCCCCGGCAAUGGCUACGUGGUCUCCACCUUCUCCUGCCCUGCUGGUACCACCGUCGCCUACGAGAUGAAGAACGCUGGCAGCACCAACCUCAACUGGUUCAAUGACUGGAACCCCUCUCCUCUGGGUCUCUUUAUCACCACUUGCUAA